CGAGGCUGGCAGCGGAGAGAUGGGUUCAGGAGAAAUUAUUCUAUGGACCGGGUCCAGGGGACCAAUCUGAAUGCCCCGGGGGGGUUAAUAUGGCGAGUAACUAUUGGACUGGUCUACUGGACCUGGUCCAUCCGACCACGCUACCCGCAUGCUACCCGCAGUCACCAUAACCUCGGUCCUCGUUGAUCUCCGACAACGCUACGUUUGCCCAAAUGCUGACAGCAAGCCUCGCAUUGGCCUUCAUCUGCGGCUGCAAACGUAGCUGAGUAUGCAGUCAAAGUGUUUGAUGAUAUGUUUCAGAAGCACAGACGAGGAGCAAAGGAAGGAAAAUAAGAGACCGCAAUGAAGAAUCAAGUUCUAUAAUCCCAUGGUUUGGAUCAAAAAUUGCCAUUCCCUCUACUUCCACCUCCUCCACUCCUCCCCUUCCCUCCACCACCUCCGCCACCUCCAUGCCCGCCUCGUCCGCACCGGCCUCUACGCUAACGCCAUCCUUUCCACCAUGCUCCUCCUCGCCUACUCCCGCCGCUGUCGCCUCCUCCCCUCCGCCCUCUCCGUCUUCCUCCACAUGCCUCGCCGCACCUCCUACUCCUGGAAUAUCCUCAUCACCGAGCUCGCCAGGUCUGGCCUUCCCCACAAAUCCAUGGACUUCUUCCUCAGAAUGCAGUCUUCUAGCAUACCGAUUGAUGAAUUUACCCUUCCGCCUGUCCUGCGGUCUUGCGCCCUUUUGGACUCCUCUCCUGCCAGCAUGUCAGUCCAUGGCCUCUCGGUGAAGUUGGGUCUGGAGCGUAAUCCUUAUGUUGCCUCGGCGCUGGUCCUCUGCUACAGUGGUUUGUCUGAGAUCUCUCUUGCACGAAGGCUGUUUGAUGAAAUGCCUGAAAGAGAUGCAGUCCUGUGGACGUCGAUGCUCUCCGUCUAUGCGCAGAGCGGAGAGCCAGAGUCGGCUUUGGGGUUCUUCAGGGAGAUGGUGAGUGAGGGAAUUCAGCUGGAUGGGGUGGUCAUGGUAAGCUUGCUAUUGGCUUGCGGGCAACUAGGAUGGCUAAGGCACGGGAGGAGUGUGCACGGGUGCUGCGUUCGGAGGUGCUUGGGGCUCCCUUUGAGUUUAGGGAAUGCUCUCACAGACAUGUAUGUUAAAUGUGGUGCAUUUGGCUAUGCCGAGAUGGUGUUUCGUAUGAUGCCGGAUAGAGAUGUGAUCUCGUGGAGUGCUUUGAUAUUGGGUCAUGGGUUGAAUGGGCAUGCCAGUGCUGCUCUGAAGCUUUUUGAGGAGAUGAGCGCGGAAGGGAUACAGCCGAACUCUGUUACCUUUCUCGGGGUGUUGUCGGCAUGCGCGCACGCAGGCAUGGUGGAAAAGGCCUGGGCUUUCUUUGAUAGGAUGAAGCAAUGUGGAACUGAACCAGAGUUGAAACACUAUGCUUGCAUGGCUGAUGCAUUGGGAAGAGCAGGGCAAUUGGCGGAGGCUGAGAGGUUCAUAGAGGAAAUGCCUAUGGUGCCUGAUGAGGCUGUAUUGGGAGCCUUAUUGGCAGGUUGCCGAAUGCACGGCAAUGUGGAGUUGGGGGAAAGAGUUUCUUGGAGAUUAAUGGAAAUGAGUCCAAGCAAGAGCGGUUACUACAUGAGUUUAGCAAACAUGUAUGCGGAUGCUGGUAGAUUUAUCGAUGCAGAGAUAGUGAGGGAAUUCAUGAAGCAGAAGAAUGUGGGUAAGCUGCCUGGGUGUAGCUUACUUGAAUUGGAUCCUCCAUCAUCGUCACCAUUAGAGUAGACUGUCUACAUGUGAUACAAUCACAUUUCUACGGAUGAACUCAUGUGCUUGCGUGGAAUUUUGGAUAUUUGCUUGGUGGUGAUGCCUAGAAUAUGAAUGAAGGAAUAAAGGAAGUUAACUCCGGCGUUGGGAUCUUGAGGGACACUGUUAAAGGUUGGUCAAGGGAGCAUGAUGUAAACAAAGCAAGAUGAACGAAAAUAACUAAUGUCAACACAGAGCAAGCAGAGUGAGCAGUUAAGAACACAAAAAGUAAGCAUGCAGUACAAGGUAUCCAUCAUGAGCCAAUGUGUGUAAUAUAGACAGAAGUUUGGGACUGCUAAGAAGUUGAAAUGGGUAUAUGCAUCGAAAAUCUAGAUAAGUUAAUGGGAAAAGACAUUCUAAUGGGUCUUGAAUCUAAUAGAAUAUUUUAGUGUCUCUGACCAAGACCAUUAUUUAUGAUCCAGAGCAAUUAACAGAGAUGGAUGGCAACUUACUUGGAUCUAAACUAUACAGAUAUCGGUAGGUAGCCCUUUGGGUGUUAAACUGGAUUGUUUAGUGAGCAGGACCUCUUUAAUCAUGAGAUGCUUUUCUGUGGAUUGUGCAUUGGAUGUGGAUCGAGCUUGGGAAGUAUUUGAACUCUUUUCUGUUAAAAUUUUACUCGACUGUGAUGAGUAGGUGGAGGCUUUACUCCUUGAUGAUGGAUUGUCAACUAGAUGAUGUUUAAAGCAUGAGGAAUUUAGAUGGAUUGUCUUAUUGCUGCAGAACUGCUACAGCUAUCUUCUAGGAAGCAAGUUUACAAGCCAUGAAGAUAUUUGAAAAUCCAUUGGAUUUGCCCUACCAUUUUCUUUUAACUCCAAAUAAACAUGAGAUUGAUUCCUUGUGACUUUCUGCAAGCCAAUUGAUUUGCAUAAUUCAUUUCUUUUGUAUAUCGAAUAGCAAUUAAACUUCUUGUUAUUUCGAAUAUAGUUUAAAUUAAAUA